AUGGCUUCCUCUCCACACACAGCCGCUGACCAAUCUUUCCCGAGCUACCUCACCACCGUAAACGUGUCCAACUUCGUCUCCUCCAAACUCUCUGGCGACAGCCGCUCGAACAACUACCGGUCCUGGAGACGGCAGUUGCUCUGCCUCAUUGAGGCCCACGACUUGACCCGCUUCAUCGACGCCAUGAAUCCUCCGUCGGCAGACAAUAAUGUGGCGUGGAGGACGGACCGAGUGGUCAUGGGCUGGAUUCUCGGGUCACUGGACGACCCGACGCUUAGGACGGUGGCCCAUUUGGUCACCGCCAGAGAUGUGUGGGCCAAGUUGGAGAAGAACAACGGUGGGCCAACCCCCACCAGCCCGCCACAGCCACAAGGUACUCUUUGCUUAACGAUUAAUGGGCCACCGCCAGAGAUGUGUGGGCCAAGUUGGAGAAGAACAACGGUGGGCCAACCCCCACCGGCCCGCCACAGCCACAAGCACGAGUGGCAAGAGUAUCUGCCGCUGUACAGAGCCACGCUGAUGGGAGACUGGGAGCGGGCCAAACAAAUCAUUGCCCGGGACCCGCACGCCACCACAACCCGGAUAGCCUUCACCUUGGAGACGUCCCUCCACAUAGCCGUGGGCACGGGCAAGGCCCUCCAUUUCGUCCAGAACUUGGUCGACAUAAUGCCAGACGACCUAUUAGGAGUGAAGGACGAGCUCGGCUACACGGCCCUUCACGUGGCGUCUCUGACUGGAAAUAAGGUUGCCGCCAAGAUCCUGGUGGGCCGCAGGCCUGAUUUGCUGUGCGCACUUGACAACGUUGGUAACUUCCCAGUCCACAAGGCGGCAUUGGCGGCCCAUGGGGAGACCCUUUGGUACUUGAUAUCCGAGACAAGGGACGACUGGUUACCGAGCCCGUACCUUGGGGAGAUGGCCUCAAGAUUCUAUGUGGCUUUGUAUUUGGCUCAAAAGUAUUCACAUUUGGCUUCUUUGAAACUGAAAGAUGGCACGUCGGCCUUGAGCAGGUUAGCGCUUAAGGACUAUGCAUUCCCGAGUGGCGUAAGGCGAUUCAACUUCUGGGAACGGUUUAUUUACUCAGUUCCUCAUGCGAAGGCCAAUCGCCAAAGAAAACGCACUCAUGAGCUGGUGUUUGAUCUUCUUCGAACCCUCUGCAAGAAUAUGGAGUGCUUAGAUUACAAUCAGGCCUCUGGAAUCUACGUGGACGCCAUUCUUUUGGCUGCACGCUCGGGGGUUCACGAGGUUAUCGAGGAACUUGAAGUCAAGAAAUUUCUCAAACCCUAUUCCCAAAAACGAUUCAACAAUUCCGAAAGCGGAAAAACAGCUGAGAUGGUAUUCACAGACGAGCACAAGGAACUAAAAUCUGAAGGCGAAAAGUGGAUGAAGGACACAGCCAACUCGUGCACAAUUGCCGCCGCAUUGAUUGCUACCGUCGUGUUCGCCGCCGCUAUCACGGUCCCCGGCGGAAACGCGUCCAACGGCUUCCCUUUCUUCUCCACGAAGGCCGCCUUCAUAAUAUUCGCGAUCUCGGAUGCCGUCUCUCUCUCUUCACGUCCACAACCUCUCUCUUGAUGUUCUUGUCUAUUCUGACCUCACGCUAUGCGGAGGAAGAUUUCAGGUACGCGUUGCCCAAGAGGCUCUGCAUUGGACUCCUCACACUUUUCAUGUCCAUCUCGUUUAUGAUGGNGAUUUGCUGUCACUUUA